AAUGGUCUUACAACCGAGAUGAAAAAAUAAAAUAGGAUGCCCGGUUUAAGAGUAGAUUCUUUAUUUUUCUGUUGCACCGGAAACAGCUGUGAUUUCAAUAUGGCUAUGUAAACUUCCUGAAACUAGAUCUAACUCGGUGAAACUUCUUGACAAAAUUGAAUUAGCGAGUAGAUCAAAGAUGAGGAAGAGACCAAUUGGCCAGAAAGUGGAGGAGAAUGCCUCAGGGGAGGAGGAGACAGCCACCCAAGUUUGCAAGUCUGCCUGUCUCUCAGUGUGGGACUCGUUUCUUCUGCUAGACAGCCAGUACAGUGCACAGAUGGCUGUCUGUGCCACAAAGGAGUCCACCUUGGCCGGUAUGAGGCCCCUGAUGAAGCUUUUGGAAAUCAGCUGCCAUGGAGUGCCUUGGAUACUUGGUGCUUUGGUUCUUUUCUUUUGUUCUCACAAACCUUCAGACAUUGAAGUGGCUUUUAAUAUGUUAAUUGCACUUCUGUUUGACUUGGUCAUUGUAGGGGCAUUGAAGAUCAUUUUCCAACGGAGUCGUCCAAGUCACAAUGUGAUGGAUAUGUUCAUGGCACCAUCUGUUGACAAGUUUUCAUUCCCUUCAGGGCAUGCUACACGGUCAGCCAUGAUGGGUCUUUUCCUCUGCAUCCACAUCAUCUCAAAUCGGUUGUUAAUUGGUGUGACCUGUGUCUGGGCCCUGAGCGUCAGCAUAUCACGGAUUCUUUUGGGAAGGCAUCACAUAUUUGACGUCGUAUGUGGUUUUUGUAUAGGCUUGCUUUCAUAUUACAUGUUUUUGAAAGCCUGGGUUUCCCAAGAAACAAUACUGACAUAUCUGGACUCAUACUUUGGUCAUGUGCACCUCUGAUACUUUAUUGAACAAUUCGUUUCAGACUAUGUCAUUUUAAAUUACAUAAAUCAAAUUUGUGUAGCUUUGGUCAUAUUUGGUGGUCUAUUAAUUUUUGCUCAACCUGUCUAGUUAUUAUAGGCGAUCAGAAAGAUGGAAAUUUGUAAUAUAAUUUGAGUUCUUACAAAAAAAAAAUGUUCUGUUUAAUAUAUUUAUAAGCAUAAUUGUCUUGAAUAGAUUUUUUUUUGUAUAUACAGAUUACCAUUGUGUUAAACUGUGAUAAAUUAUCCCAGUGACAUGCAAGACUAAUUUAUAUUAUACACUUUUCUUUUGAACAACAAUUGAUUGAUUGAACCACUAUAAUGUUCUAAUGUGUGGCUUAUACUUAUCCUCAGUCUGACUUUAUCUUGUGAGCUAACACUUUACUGGGAAUGAAAACGUGUGUAAUUGUGACUAA